AUGGCCUCCAAUAUCCACCGUCAUCGGCACAACUUCGCUGGCGUCCGAACGUUGCGUCCAAACAUUAUUGGUGGCUUGCGCGGUAUGGGGUCAUCUAGCCGCAGCAAGCGGAGAUGCUGUUGCGCAGAGUUUGCAGUUGGAGUGAUGCGUAUGACAAUUUAUGUAAGUCGUUUCGGGGCUCUCUGUUAUGCAAGGGGAUAUUUUGAGGGUGGGGGGAAGGGGAAGAGGCAGAAUGUGUUAUCCAAGUAUAUUCGUGCAGGUGGAGAAGCUGCUCACAGCUCGACACCACUUUCGUCCACAUGUACAUCACCGCACCCAUGGACCGCAGAGUUGGACGACCACACAUACUCUCCAGGGCCAGCGCUAGCGGGUUCCAUAAAAGGUUGA